AUGGCAUCAUCUCAGCCCUUGCCGAUGAGUCACCGUCCCCGUCGGAUGUUGCCAGGUGGCAACCCCAAAAAACGCGACCGACCUGAAGCUGGCGAGCCGAUGCGCUCCAAUCGUCUUCUAGCCGGCUAUCUCGCCCACGAGUUCUUGACCAAAGGGACUCUGUUGGGUAAGAAGUUUGAGCCUGACUCAGCCCGAGCCAGCCCUAUCCCCUUCGUUGACUCCACCUCAACCGAGCCAAAGAUUAACUCGCAAGCCGAAGCUUCAGCCGUGGAGCACGAGAGUUACCGUAAGGUAGCAAGCAUAAUGAAGACAAAUGGGACCCACAUAAAGGGGAUUGUGAACCCCGCGCAGGUGUCCAAGUGGGUUCGCAUGUAA